AGCAUUUAUAGACCCUUGGAGUGUAAGCUUUCCAGUGCGUUUGUCGUAAGCGAGGCAAUGGCUCUCUUCAUCUUCCUGGGGAUUUGCCUUUCUUGUUUGAUUUUUCUUUUCCUAUGGAAUCAGCAUCACGGUGAAGGGAAGCUCCCACCUGGACCCAUUCCUCUACCAUUUGUUGGAAAUAUUUUCCAAGUGGAUGUUAAAAAUAUCAGCAAGUCUCUGGGUAUGCUAGCAAAAGAGUAUGGCCCUGUGUUCACUGUGUAUCUGGGCAGGCAGCCCACUGUGGUGCUGUACGGCUACGAAGCACUGAAGGAAGCUCUGAUUGACCGUGGAGAUGAGUUUUCUGGCAAAAUGCAGUCGUCGUUACUCAGUAAAGCCAACCAAGGGUUAGGCAUUGUCUUCAGCAAUGGGGAAAUAUGGAGGCAAACACGGCGUUUCUCCCUCAUGGCCUUAAGGGAUAUGGGGAUGGGAAAGAAAACUAUUGAAGACCGAAUUCAGGAGGAAGCCCUUUGCCUGGUUGAAGCAUUGAGAAAAACCAAUGGUGCUCCCUGUGACCCUAGCUUUCUUCUUGCCUAUGUUCCCUGCAAUGUGAUCUCUGCUGUCAUUUUCCAGCAUCGUUUUGACUACAGUGAUGAAAAAUUCCUAAGCUUCAUGGAGAAUUUUAAUAUAAGCCUUAAAUUUUUAGCAUCUCCUUGGAUCCAGCUGUGCAGUGCCUACCCUGUUUUAUACCAUCUCCCAGGAAGCCAUAACACAUUCUUUAAACAUGUCAAUGAACAUAAAAAGUUCAUAUUGACAGAAAUAAAAAGGCAUCAAGAAUCUCUGGACCUCAGUAGUCCUCAGGAAUUUAUUGACCAUUUCCUGAUUAAAAUGGAGAAGGAAAAACACAAUGAAAAGUCUGAACUUACCUUGGACAACCUGAUUGCCACCAUAACUGAUCUUUUUGGUGCGGGAACGGAGUCAACAAGCUCUACAAUAAAAUAUGGUCUUUUGCUCCUGCUCAAGUACCCAGAAGUCACAGCUAAAAUUCAGGAAGAAAUUGCACGUGUGAUUGGCAGCCAUCGGAGGCCCUGCAUGCAGGACAGGAACCACAUGCCCUACACAGACGCUGUGCUGCAUGAGAUCCAGAGAUACAUUGAUUUUGUUCCCAUUCCUUUGCCUCGUACAACAACGCAGGAUGUGAAGUUCAGAGGAUACCACAUUCCCAAGGGCACCAGUGUAAUGAUAUGUCUGACUUCCGUUCUUCAUGAUGACAAAGAGUUUCCCCACCCAGAGAAGUUUGACCCUGGCCACUUUCUGGAUGAGAGAGGCAACUUCAAGAAGAGCGACUACUUCAUGGCUUUCUCAUCAGGAAGAAGAGCUUGUAUUGGAGAAGGUCUGGCCCGCAUGGAGAUGUUUUUAAUCCUGACCAACAUUUUGCAGAAUUUUACUUUAAAACCUCUGGUAAAUCCAGAGGAUAUUGACACUACCCCAGUUCAAACUGGUCUAGUGUCUCUUCCUCCAUCCUAUGAGCUCUGUUUCAUUCCUGUCUGAAGCUGAGUAGUCUUCCACAUGGAUGACCAAGUCCCUGCUUCCACUUGGGAACAAUCAGGCCUUUCCUGUCCUAUGCACUUGCAUCCUGCAGUCAUACUUAAUGGCAGGCACACUACCUCUGAACUGUCCUAAUUUCUUCUCUGUUCUUUAUGAACCAGUCCCACUUUUCAUAUAUGAAAAGCCUCACAGUUUCAGCACCAAUGACAUUUUUGCUACAGU